AAGAUUCGUUAGCUGAUCGCGUUGGUAUAGCGGUGGGAGAUCAGAUUAUAACUUUAAACAAGAAGAACUUUACCAAAAUUCAAUAUGCUGAGGCAGUCCAACUUCUAAAAACAACAAAAGAAUAUGACAUGGUGCUGCGUCCUUGCAAUGAUGCUAAACAAUUUGUCGAGCUUAAGUAUUUAAAAGGUGUUGACAAUGUAAGCAUUCGUAAAACGUUUAAAGAAGACAAUGAGGACACAACUGCAGGAAAGGAGAAUACGAGACUAGCUUCUUCAUUUUUCAAAUCUUCAAACGGCAGCAGUGAUCAAGCAACAGACAGCGCUCAAUUGUACGAUAAAGCAAAGAAGAAAUGUUCAAGCAGCAUAAAAGAUUUAAAAUUAAGUGAGAAAAACAAGGUUGGCCUUCAGUCCAAGUCAGUAUUGGUCGAAAAGAGUGCAAUGACUACUCUUCUUUUGGAUGAGCUGGAUGGUAGAAUUGUAGUUCGUCAAGCUAUUACCUCAGAUAAUUCUGCAUCCCCUUGUGAAAUCAGGACAGGAGAUAUCUUGCUGAGUGUUGAUCACGUGAACUUGAUUGGAAUGUCUCUAGAAGAAGCCCAAUCUUUUGUGAAUGAAAAGUUAAAACAUAAAAACGAUUCUAUUUCAGUCGUCAUAGCGACCAACUUGGAUGGAAAUAACUCUCAUCAUUCAGCCAUUGUUAAUUCUAACUGGUGUUUUGCACAAAAAGAUUCGACGGAUAUUGAUGAAAACGACUCAGUGUUCAACACAAAGUUUUAAAAAUGUGUUCAUCCUUUCUGAAAAACAGUUGCAUUUCACCUUUACCUGAAAAGACAACGAUCAACACUAUAUAAACUAAAGCGCAGAAGGAAAGCUUAAUGCAUAAUCAUCGUUUAAAAAAUAAAUGGUAAAAUGUGUGAGACAGUGAGAAAUAUAGUAGAAAUUGAUUGCUGUUAUUUUGUGAUUACUUUUCUUAUGAUCGUAGGAAAUAUUUGUGGUAUUUGAAUAAAAUUUAGCGCAGUCUGUGUAGACAAGGAAAAAAUAUCUUUACCCAAAAAUCGCACAAUUCACAAACCUGAACACCAGACUUUCUUCAGUAAGCUAUGAGAUGUAAUUUCAAAACACUGUAUGAUCAAAUAAAAGUUGUAGUAUAAAAAAUAUUUAUGAACGCAAUUCGCAGACAGGCAGCUAUAUGACAGGCACAUUGUCAUCAUUAUUGUCUCGAUUAUUUUCACAUCUUCCAAAACAGGAAGUUUUUAUUUUAACGUGUGUGUCAUCAGUCAUCAUUUUGUGUCGUAUGAAAAUAAUUAAAAAUUGACAUUUUAUUUCAAUUAGUUGGGGAGACGUUUAGUAGCAUUGAUUCAAUUUCAACAGCUAAAAGUAAAGCAAGGCAACCUUUGCGAUAACUGAAACUUGAUCAUAACAAAAACAUUAUCUAAUCGUUGACACAUCACACAGUAAGCAUGCCAAUGACCCAUGCUAAAGUCACGAUCGUCUUUACCAUGGUGAUGAAGUAAUAAAAAAACAGCAAUAAAUUACCGUUCAUUUCUUCAUUAACUUCAUUCCUGCUUCUUCGACACAGUGGUGUAUUAUAUCAAGUUCAAGCAUCGUAUAAGUAGCUCUGUUCUGUCAUUGUCGCAUCUAUAAAAAACAGGGGAAACAUAAUUCCUAACAUUACCAAUGAUCUUAUAGCAAGAAACUGAUUUUAUAAUGAAAUCAUGCCGAUAGUUCCAAGCACAGCAAGGUUUCUUUUCAAGAAAAGGGUGUAAUGGAGCCUUGUCAUGCUUUAUGGCUUCACGUAUCUUCUCUCACAGCCAUAGUAUUUUGGAUAGUUCACGAAAGUAUAAUAAGCAAGCUAUGCCCCAGACAUAUGAAGGAAGAAAAUAACACAUACUGGUGGCAUUGGUGUCUUUCCACGGCUAUUUUUGGUUUUGUCGCUAGUGUUGGAGCUAUUUACAGUAUCAUUUAUGGACCUGAAGAUAUGUUCCACCGAUUGAGCAAUAAUGGAGAUCUGGCUGCUUAUGUCACUACCUCCAUUUCUUUUGGUUUCUUUGUAAUUGAUUUGAUAUAUGUAACUGGAGACAUGAAACUUUUUUAUGGCAUUUUCUCUCACCAUGCUGUUGCAAUAAUUGCUUUUGGACUCAGUCUUUUCUUCCAGGGAAAAUAUCUACCGAUUGCAGUUGUAUUUCAACUUAUGGAGAUUAACAACAUAUUUUUGAACAUUCAACGUGUUUUUAACUGUUUGAAAAUCGAUGCAUCAACCAGUGUAGUGUAUCGCUUCAAUUCUGCGUUGUGUCUUGCCUCUUGUGUUGUUUUCCGAUUUUUGCUGUCGUUAUCGUUGAUUGUUUUUGUGGUUGCUAGGCGAGACACAUCUGAGUCGUUCGUCGAGUUCACAAUAUUAUUUUUUUGUUCAAUAUUUUAUCUACAACAAAACUGGUGCAUGCUUCUAAGAGCAUGGAAAUCUAGAACCUGGAAAAAAGCAAAAAAGAUUCAUGUGUCAGUCACGUGAGACAUUCGGCAUGAAAAUGCACCUGAAAAAUUUUUUUAUAAAGAGUCAUUAGCUAAUAUAUUUAUUCGGAUUUCAGACAGCACAUUUAACAAUUAAUAAUUGUGUAUUUGUCCACCUUGACACAGUUAUUUAUGAUUUUAAGAUAACGAAUCAUCUAUUUCUGCUUUGACAAUCAUUAUUAAAUGAGAUUGAGUAUGAGGUUA